GAUACAGCCCACUGUUCGCUUGCGAGAGGAAACGUUUCUAUGACAAGAGGAAGUAAACUAAAUCGACGUCAGCAAUGGGGCGAUGCAGAGAUGACAUAGUUUAAUGAAAGCUCUUUAAAACAGUAUAACAAGUCUGGGACCAUGUCCUUUUCUAAAAUGUUAAUUAGGUUAAACCCGGCGCAUCUUGUCAGUCGUUCAUCAGAACGACUGAUUGCGCACCGCAGUGUCAGACUUACUCAACCAAAACACACGCAUCAUUCCCAGCAAGUGAAACAGACGAGACGAUUGUACAGCACUGGAACACUUACAAGUAAACUGAUGCGGAACGGAGAUGAGAGAAAGGCAGUUGUGUGCAUAGAAGGGAACAUUGCCAGUGGAAAGACCACCUGCUUGGAAUACUUUAGCAAAACCUGCGAUAUUGAGGUGUUGACAGAACCAAUUUCUAAAUGGAGGAAUGUCAGAGGACACAAUCCACUCGGAUUAAUGUACCAGGAUGCUCCACGCUGGGGACUAACCCUGCAGACCUACGUGCAGCUGACCAUGCUUGACCAGCACAUCUCACCCAUAAUGUCUCCCAUUCGAAUGAUGGAGAGGUCUAUCUACAGUGCCAAGUACAUAUUUGUAGAAAAUCUCUUCAAAAGUGGGAAAAUGCCUGAGGUAGACUUUGCUGUUUUGACUGAGUGGUUUGAGUGGAUUGUGAAGAACAUUGACAUUCCUUUGGAUCUCAUUGUGUAUCUCCAGACAUCUCCUCAGAAGUGUUAUGAGAGACUGAAGAUGAGGUGCAGAGAAGAGGAGAAAGUUAUUCCUUUGGAAUAUUUGGAGGCCGUCCAUCAGAGGUAUGAAGACUGGCUAAUCAAACAGACGCUGUAUAAAGUCCCGGCUCCUGUUCUCGUCAUUCCAGCAGAUCAUGACCUCCAGACAAUGCUGAAACAGUAUGAGGAGAACAGAUAUCGGAUACUGACAGCCAGCAACGGGCAGUUCAAAGGACAUAACCUGCAGUAGGCUGGGUCCCACAGCACUGCAUCAACUGCCCAAAAUCAUGCUCUGGAAAACAUUGUGAAUGAGCACAUGGUUUCUAAUGAGAACCUUCCCACCUCCACAGGUUCUUUCAGGACAGACUGAGGCAUUCUCAGUCUAAACAGGACCUAAAGCACAAAGAACUUACUGGGCUGGCAGCUUAGCAAACUGGGCAAAACAUGAGUAUAUUAAGGGCAAAUUUUAAAAUAGUGAUUGUUUAUAAACUGCUUAUAGAAUAUAUAAUUUGCGUAAAUAUUCCAGGGAUGGGGACUGCCUGACAAUUGACGUUUAGUUGAGUAUGUUUUACUCAAGAGAACAGAGCUGUGUUAAGGAUGGGCCUUGGAAACACAACUGUAGAAUGUUACCAGAGUCAGACCGCGCCAGUGCACUGAUAGAACCUGGUACAGAUACCUUGCCCUUAUUCCAAAGCGCUGUUAGAGCAGGAACGCGGUACUAACGUGUAUUGGGUAGACAUGCCAUUUCUUUUAAAAGGACCACUGUGUUGUGUAUUAGGAAAUAGCUUGCUUGCUUUGCUAGGUAAUCAUUUAUCAAAAGAGAACAUUCUCUUUCAGUAACUGAAGCUAGGAAGAUGACAUAUGUCUUGGUCUCAGGGAGAUCUGUCUUACAUAGUAAGUUGAAAACAUUUUUAAUAAUGUAGGUCUCAAAUGUUUUGAAAGAAACACAGGGUUUAGCAAACAUGUAUUUUAAUUUAAAAAAAUUAUAUCUGGUACUGCACUACCUAACCAACCAGCUGCUUCCUGUGUUGAAGGACAUGAUUUCAGCCAAUAAUAUGCUGUGAUCCAGAAGAUACGGCUGAAGUGACAUGACUGGGGAAGUGGAAAUGCAAACAGAUAACCCCAAGAAUAAGCCUUAGAAUCUGAGAGCUUCCUUUAACCUAAAGUAGUACCAGAUACUAUGUUUUCAAAUGAAAGUACAUGUGUUUCUUUCAAAACUGCACAGUUGAGACCUGUUUAGCCAAUGGAAGUGCAAAACAAGUAAGAUUUAUUACAUUAUUUUGUUAGCUGCGAUUACUUUAAACAAAUUAUUAUGCUGACCUGGUACUUUCUUGACUAACUAAUGUUUACUGUACUAUUGUACACAGAUAGACUUUUUGGUGUUGGUUUAGACUUAUUUAUUGUAAUUUGUGAAGAAUAAAGACACUGUCUGUGCACUGUGGCAGUAGACGUAGACUAUGUAUCCUCAGUGUUGUGUGGACCAGAUUGAUACUGUAGAGUGAAUAAAUUCCAAACAUAAGAUGGGUCAAAUCACAUAUUUUAUAGGUCCCAUAUGAUACAGGACUGUAGAAGUAGUCUACCCUAAAGCAUUCAGUUAAGUAACUCUUACAUUCAAAAUAAGGUAUAAAAUACCAAGAUAUGUAUUUACAAUUUUUAAACUGGUUUUAAAAAUUCAGACUUUUUUGUAUCAAGUGUAUGCAUUAUUAUGUUUAAUUUAAGACAUAUUUAAUUACUGUUUUUUUUCUCCAUAAAUUAUUUAUUUCUCUCCAUAUAAGAGCUAAUUCUUACUAAUGAAUACUACUGUACUUACUAUUGCAUCAGUAAAGCUGCCUUGUAUCUAAUUCAACUGCCUGUGCCAUAUGGCAAAUACACAGGUUUGUAAGAAACUGGACAACAAACCAGAUUAACUUGUAAUUAAUGUUAUUACAGUAGUGUAUUUUGAGCGGCUGUUAUCUUUUCAAAGGUCAAAAGCAGAGAGAUGUCAAAACAAUAGUGUAAGGCUGUGAUGUUUGCCACCAGUGUAUGUUUCAUAAUACAUUGAACUAUAAUACACUAGGUUAGUCCCAGAAGUUGAAAUACAUCACAUGUUUGAUAUUGAGAGAUGUGCUUAUCCAAUUGUGAUUAAUCAUGGCUAAGAAACUGAGGUUACUGAGAGAGAUUAUCUGGAUGUGGCGUUAUGUAGGUCCCAGUCUGUCUUUAUUAACGUUUGCAUGGUAACCUCAUAUGGGUGCUGUUGAGACAACUGCUGUCAUUUUCACAAAAAUGAAAACUGGAGAAAGUUCCAAACAACCCCAAAAUGUGAGCAUCUUGCAAGUAUGUCUCCAACUCAACUGUUUUUCUAUGGAUUUUGUAAACCUUACUUGCUUUUAUCUUUAUUGUGUUUACAGCUUUAUAUACCUGAACACAUUUACUGUAAAACAUCAAAUAAUCGCCGGGUCUCAAAGUUUGUAUUUAUUAUUAUUAUUAUUAGCCUACACAUGUGUUCUAAUAUCUACAGGGCUGUCUUUUAGUGGAUUGAACUGUUAUUAUUAUUAUUAUUAUGAUUAUUAUUAUUAACAAUGGUAGAUCUAAAUCUGUUUUUAAAUACAAAUUCGUACUUCUGCUUGUUCAUUUUCCAACGUUUUUCAUACCGUAUCCUUAUUUUGUUAUAAAACAAACCUGUUACUUAGCUCCCCCUGACACACAACCUUUUAACAAAGUUGCUGGAAUGUUUAAAUUGAGUUACGAUGUUGCUACAAGGUUGUGUGUUAGCGGCUUCUCAGUGACCGCAUGAAGCAUGUGAAGCUAGAGAUCUAAUAUAAACGCCCGUCUCCAAUAUGUGCCGGGUUUGCUGGCAAAUAUUGUAAAUAAACGUCAGAGGCGUUUCAUUGAUGUUUUACAGUAUUUACAUUCAUUUUGCUUUUUACUUAACUCAUUGCUGUUUUUUAAAACUUGGUAAAAAGUUAAUAAAGUAAUUGGUCAAAAA